CAGCUGGUUGGUUUGGCAUACUCUGUCUGUAACAACUCAUUUAAUUAAAUAAGUGAAUCAUGAUUGAGGUCAAAGUUCUGUUACCCGGCGAUUGGCAGCUCUGGCGGGAGCUCCGGCUCCAAGCACUUGCCGAAGCGCCGCACGCAUUCGGUGCGACGCUUGCAUACUGGCAGGGAGAUGGCGACCGCGAGCAGCGGUGGCGGGCGCGGCUGGCCAUUCCCAGCUCUCGGAACCUGAUAGCCUUUCUCGGGGGGAAACCAGUUGGCAUGGUCAGCGGAGUCCCGGCUAUCAACGACACCGAUGCCGUCGAGCUGAUCUCGCUCUGGGUGAAACCCGAGGCGCGCGGACGAGGCGUGGGCGGCCGCCUUGUUGAUGACGUUGAACAAUGGGCGGCCGGCCUCAACUUGAAAACCAUGCAGCUGUCUGUGAUGCCCUCAAACGAGGCAGCGAUCCGGCUCUACCGCCGGCACGGUUUACGCGACACGGGCGAGAAGGGCGACCCGACUCCGGAUGGAACAAGCCGAGAAAUUAUCAUGGCCAAACCAAUCUCGUCAGCUGUGUGAUAAAUCGACAGCUCUGAGAAUCGCAGGCAUUUGCUCUCGGUUUAGAAUCAUGUCGAUCCAGCGGCC